AAUUACAGAUGGCAAGACUACAACACCUGUUGCUCGCCGCGAUAGCGAUCCAAGUCUACGUCAACGCUGCACCGAGUGGCGUCAGUAAGCUUGAAGACAUCGCUAAAACCGAGACAACGACUGAUGCAACGCCACACCCACUAGAAGAAAGCACCCUUGAAAACACAGAUACCACGGGCCAGCGACAAAAGCGCUGGUACGAUUUCGGAGGAUUCGGCAUUCCACCACUAAUCAGCCCUGGAUAUUCUACUUUUGUGAAAAGAGACGAAUCACUAAGCACCGGCGUCUAUGGCUUAGUAGACGAUCCGCUGUCACACGUAUACAGGCGGCUGCAAGAUAUCGCAUCCGUAGCUAGACAACCAGCGUUCCCGCCUUCUUUCCCACCGUCAUUCCCUAUUUAUCUACCAGUUCUUUAUUUACCUCAACCCUGCAACUGCAACCGGCAACCUCAGCCGACCAACAACCAAAACGGGAGCCGGCCAGACAGCAUACACAACCGUUUCCCUGAAAUGGAGGACACGCGCCAAAACUGGGGAUACGUCAUCAACGAUGACGAAGACAACGACGAUGGACAGGAUGUUAGAAGGCCCAUUAAUUUUGACGUUAUUGAACCGAACAACACUGUAACGAGGAGGCCUCCUCCAGUUGAGCACGGGACCGUUCAAGGAGACGGCACUUUGAAUAGUAUUCCUCCUGGAGCUCCGCCGACUACUUUUCGCCCGUCAACUACGAGAAGGCCACCUGAGAACGCGCCAAAAGAGGUUUCCACAAAGCAACUCCCGACUAACUGUGAUGCCGCGGUACUUAGUUGUUGCCACCGGCCUGAGAUAACCUUCGAAUGCUUCACAACGCAAGGCUGCCCAGACGUCGGUUCCUACGGGAACCCCUGCGAACCCAACGUUAUUCUCAGAGUAAUUGAAAGGUUCCAGAGGUUCUACCAGCAGCGGACUGGAACCACGUGAUCAGUGAUAACUGGUGUAGUUUUAAUUUUAUUUAUGUACAAAAA